UUUACUUCCGUUCUCAUUUUUAGCGCACAUGUCAGAAAAUUUGAAAUAGACGUUUCACAGAAUCAGGCCCUGUUGUAACGAAGACAAUGCAUUCCCCUAGUGUUGAAACACAUGGACCCGGAGGGUACAAUUCUGGACCAUUUGGUAUGGAGCCUAUGAUGAUGGGAUCACCAGGAAGUCCUACUAGCCCCACAGGGGCUCACCAGUCUCAGUUCCUACCUAGCUUUCUCCUCGGGGACCAGACACCUCACUCUGUAUCACCUGGGCCAAGGAUUUGGUCAGCAGCCAGUCCCAGCCCACCCAAGUCUGCCUCCAGAGCUGGUCUCAUGUCCAGUAGCUUCAACACACCAGGAAUGAGCCGAGGAGAGGUACUUAGACCGAAGGAGAAAGUUGGUGCACCACCCACAAAGAGCUUAAUGAGUCAUACUAGCCCGAUUGGGAACACGUCCACAGCUUUUGGGACACCAAAUAUUCAUCAGGUGUCUCGGUCAAUGCACACUCCGGGGUCCAUGCCCAGUACACCAGCACCACCUAUGACAGGAUUGUCACAGAGUUUAUCAGAGAGUUUGGCCCAAGAACAGAUGGCAGGUGGGAGGAUUCCUAUAUCACCGGCACAGCUCGACCCAUUCUACACUCAAGGGGAAUCAUUAACAUCUGAGGACAUUUUGGAUGAGACAUGGGUGACAGUUUUUGGGUUUCCACCAGCUGCAGCUUCCUACAUCCUUCAGCAGUUCUCUCAGUAUGGCAACAUAGUGAAACAUGUGGUGGCAUCUGAAGGUAACUGGAUGCACCUCCACUAUCAGUCCAAACUGCAGGCAAAGAAAGCACUGAGUAAAAAUGGGAAGGUGUUUGGGGGAUGUAUGAUGGUCGGCGCUACGCCCUGUAUAGAAAAGGGUGUGAUGGAGGAAGAGAAGGAGAAUAACAGUCUUAUCCAUCCUGUCCUUGGUACUCCAGGAGGCAACGCCACAUUCCACACCCCAGGAGGCAACACUCGCAACACCCCCAUCAGGCCCCUCACUGCAGCCUACAGAACAGCCCGCAGUGAAAAUGAGGUGGUGAAUAAUGGUCAAGCUCCUCAGAAGAAUAAUACAUUUGUUUCCAAGGCGAUGGAAUAUAUGUUUGGAUGGUGACACAUGCUGUUACAUUAGGGAGUUUGAUUGGAUGGUGAUGCAUGCUGUUAUAACAGGGAGUGUGCAAUCUACGACAGUGCUUAUCAUACGAGGGAUGGACUAGUGACCAGUCUGGGGGACAGUGGUGUGGGUAAUUUAUAUGUGAGAAUGGCGAUAUGGAGACAUUUGUUGUUAAUUCGUGAAGUGUGAGAUUAUGUUGAGUUUUGGACAGACUGAACUGAGAAGCUUACCGGUGAAGGCCUUCGUUUCCUGCUCACAGAGAGAAAUGACAAAUAAGGCUCCAUCAUCUCUUUGGUCAAGUAACUCUGCUGUUAAAAUGAAUUGUUGGUUAGACCCUGUUUCCUCACAAACCAGACAGGCAAAUCAGGCAAUCUGUUACCAUGUUGAAAGAGUGACAUGACAGGUUGAUUAAGUUACUCUGAUCAUACAAGGAAUUGUAGCUCAGAACUGGUAUUCUGCUUGUGGAAGGAGAUGACGGCUCAACCUAAAAUCUUUCUUCGUGGAAGGAGUUGACAGUUCUGUUGAAGGAGUUGACAGCUCGACUCAGAAACUCUGUUUGUGGAAGGAGUUGGUUGCUCGACUCAGAAACUCUGUUUAAGGAGUUGGAGGCUUAUCCCAGAAUCUUCGUUGUGGAAGGAGUUGACAGUUCUGUUGAAGGAGUUGACAGCUCGACUCAGAAACUCUGUUUAUGGAAGGAGUUGGUUGCUCGACUCAGAAACUCUGUUUAAGGAGUUGGAGGCUUAUCCCAGAAUCUUUGUUGUGGAAGGAGUUGGAGGCUCAACUCAGAAACUCUGUUUGUGGAAGGAGUUUGUGGUUUGACUCAAACCCUUUGUUCGUGGACAGAGUUGACAGCUAGACCUAGAAACUUCGUAUUUGGAAAGAGUUGACAGCCCAGCCCAUUUAUCAUCAAAGGAGCUGAGAGCUUGGCCCAACUGCACAGUAGAAAUGUUGUUUUUUUUGCCAGCAUUAGUGAAAAUUUAUUGGGGUGGGGAUUCAAUUGUUUAUAGUUUUUUAGAUAUCUUAAUAUAGAUAACUAAAUGUGAUACUCUCAGACAAUGGAGGCUGUCAGGCUCCACAUUUCAAUCAGUGUACGAAAUCAAAAACUUAUCAUACAUUUCUAUGAACUAUUACAGGCUCAUAUUGGUGUCAAUGUUGUCUUGUAGGAAUUUGUUAAACUGCACCAAAAGAUUACGUUAGCUUCUUUUAUUUCUUAUUAUACAAACAGCGUAAGAAACAAAAUCUGUGACAAUUAUUCUAUUUUUAUUUGAAUUGGUUAAGCAUUGGACCAAUGAAAAGAGGGCACUUCACAGCACCCUGUGUACUGGCGAAGAGAAUAUCGAUAAAUGCAGAAUGACUUGUAUUUACGGCCGUUCUAGAUCAAUGUAAAGGCCGUUUAUCUACGACAGGCCUAGAAUUCAUCUAGAUAUAGGUAUUCAAUAGCCUCCUACUCAAGAUCAUGUACAUGUACCACAAAGAGUGUGUACCACAAAGAGUGUGUACCACAAAGAUCAUGUACCACAAAGAUCAUGUACCACAAAGAGUGAAGUUUGGACAGAAGAUACAAUUUAUAUUUCUAUAACUGAAAUAAAAAGAUGAUUGUAAAGGAUUUCAUAGCAUUGAUAAUUAAGAGAAUUGAUUAAGGAGUUGAAGCAUCUGCUAUGAGGAUAAAAACUACAUAAAAUGUCUGUUUUUUCUGAUGGUGCAGUUGUUUUACCCUAUAAACAUUGAUGAGAUGUUGGGUAUAUAUAAGACUGUCUCUGUGAUAUAUUGUGUGUAGACUUGGAUACCUGUUGUGAAUGAGAAUCGGUUCAGUGACCAUAGUUUGGCCAAUACAUUUUUAUUGUAAACAUCUAAUUCUGAGAUGUUUUAUUCACACUAUAUAUGGUUAGUAAACUCUAUAAUUAUUCAUUCUUCCAUCAUAUGUUACCUUCUGUUACUUACGAUAAAACUCCUUUCGGUAUGAAAAGUUUUUACUAUAGACAGAACUUACACUGGUAUAAAGUUUGUCAGUAUUUGUAGGUAUAUGUGUAUAUUAGUGAAUUACGUAAACACGAGACACAUUUGUCUUUAACAAUUGUUACAUUGAUUGUAUUAAAGAGUUGAACAUUAAAUACAUAAUAUAUUAAUGGUCAUUUGCUGUAAACCGAAAGCAAGUCUCGAGCUCAUGUUUGUUAACUUAAGAAUCUUCCCCCUUGUGAUCACAUUUACUCCCAUCAUUCACAGAUUUGACCCCCAUUUGACCUGUUGAUGAUAUCUCCAUCACCACCUAGUGUAUGACAUCUGUCUACCCCUAGGGUACGGUAGAUAGCAUGUCGCGAUAUUAAUACGAUGAUGUCACAGUAACGAUACAAUGAUGUCACAGUAACAAUACAAUGAUGUCAUGGUACCAAUACAAUGAUGUCACGGUAACAACACAAUGAUGUCAAUACAAUGAUGCCACGGUAAUGAUACAAUGAGGUCACAGUAUUAAUAUAAUGAUGUCACAGUAACAAUACAACAACAUCACAGUAACAAUACAAUGACGUCACGGUAUCAAUACAAUGAUGUCAUGGUAACAAUACAAUA